AUGACUACUAUAGUAGAUAGAUCGUCUAUUAUUCAAAUCCAAAAAACAGCUAAUACACAGAGUGAAGAACCAACAGUACCAAAUAAAGAUUUGGAAAAAAAUAAGAAGAAAGGAAAUUUACUGGUAACGAAGACAGUUAAAAUGGUCGACAAUCAAUGUCCCUUAUUAGUUUCAAAAAAAAUUAAACAAUCCGAAGAUCAGGUUGAAAAAAAAUUUAUUUCAAAUAAGAAAAGAAUCAAUGAAGCAAUAAAAGGAAAAAAUAAAGAGAAAAAGAUACGUAAAGAUGGAACCAAAAAUUCACAAGAACACGAAAUUUUGGCAAAAUUGAAUGAAACAGUAUCAUUGGAUCAUUUAACAGCACGUGAUAAUGCGAAAAAUCAGGAUAAUUCGAAUGCGAAAAAGAUAAUGGAAAAAAUUACUAGUUCAAAUUCAGAAAUGAUUCCGGUAAAGAAGGGAAGGACAGUGUAUCACGGUUCGAAAAGUGAAGUGAUCAUAGGGAAAUCUGAAAUUAUGAACUUAAGUCAUGGACAUACGGUGGAUUUAUCGACAAAACGUCCAAUCAAAAAUAAACCUAAAAAAAGAUUUUUUCUUUUACAGCGGAAUUUUAAUCUGAAAACUUAUCUGAAAAAGUCGCUAAUUAAUUUGCACCGGAAACUACUACAAAAUGUAACAGUGCUUUCAUUGUAA